CAGCGUUGCGACAGAGACGGAGGAUUCAAACGACAUGAGUGUGGAAAAUAAUCAUACGGCAGAAAGUGAGCGGGAGCAAACGAAGAACGGCAACGAGACGAUCACCAUUCAAACCACGCUGGGAGACGAAGAUGAAGAUGUGCACAAGUGCGGACGCUGUCAGUCCGAGUUUUCCACAUUGGAGGCUUUCAUCCAGCACAAGUUACACCACUGCAAACGUGUGGAGGCACGGGACGCCAGCAGCCUCGAUGGCAGCCCAGAGGUUGCUGCGGUCAAUGGAAGUUCUUCUUCAGAGGUGAAAACGGCUGAAGGGGCAUCUUCAGCAGAGGCAGUGAAGACUACUAACGAUGUAAAUGACGCUCAGUUAGGUCGAGGGCGCAGGAAGAAAACUGCUUCCCUUAAAGUGUCUGACCAGUCAGAUGAAACAGAAGGAGUCGUAUCUGACAGUGGCGACAGUGACAAGCUCAUGUAUAAAGUCAACACAGAGGGACGUUACAUUUGCCACCUUUGUAAAAAAACAUUUAAAACUACCAAUAUCUUGAGAACGCAUAUGAAAACUCACAGUGACCAGAAAAACUUCUCAUGUGACCUAUGUGGGACGUCGUUUCGAACAAAAGGUUCCCUGAUUCGUCACAACCGUCGCCACACCGAUGAGCGGCCGUAUCGAUGUACCCUGUGUGGCCAGGCCUUCAGAGAAUCCGGUGCUCUCACCAGACACCUCAAAGCUCUCACACCAUGCACAGAAAAGAUCCGCUUUGUUCAGUACAAGGAAAUCCUGGUCAGCAAGGAUGGAGUGCAGAAAGGAAUCGACGCUGAUCAAGCUGCAGUGGCUGCCCAGCAAGAGGUUGUAGUUGUGGAGGAGCAGCAGCCGGUGGAGCAGGAAAUGGUGGAGGCUGAGACCGCUGUGGUCAGUGUGGUAGAGUCUGGUUCCCAAGAGGUUCUCCAUCAGGUCCACUUUACAAUGGAGGUUGAUGGAACUACACAGGAGCAACAGGUGGUGGUGGAGCAGUCUCAGGCAGAAGCUCUGGCGGCUGCUGCAGCAGCAGGUGACAAUCUCAUCUGUCAGGCCAUCAUCAACUCUGGCAUUGCACUGGGGACAGAGGAGACUGUGGUUGAAGAGACAGAGACCCCACAUGCAACUGAGGAGAUAAAUAAAGUUGUUUCGGACCACCCUGAAGCCGACGGAGGCGUCAUUGAGAUCCAAGUUAAAGAGGAGUUUGUGGAGAUGGAGGAGGAAACGGGUGACAGUGGUGAUCGGACAUCAUCAAAACUGCACACUUGUCCACACUGUAACCGCUCCUUCAAGGGCUUGAAUUAUUUCCGCUUUCAUGUUAAGGGCCAUUUAGGUUAUAAGCCCUUCAAGUGUACACUGUGCCAUAAAGAGUUUCUAACUGGUUACCUGCUGAAGAAACACAUGGAAGUCCAUGUCAACGAGAGGAGAUACAAGUGCGGCGAGUGUGGCAAGCUCUACAAAACCAUCGGCCAUGUACGGGAACACAUGAGGGCACACUCGGAUGAGAGACCUUACCACUGUACCAGAUGCAACAAGGCAUACAAAACCAAGAAUGCCUUGCAAGUGCACCAGCGGACUCAUGGUGAUGUAAGACCGUAUGUGUGUCAGUUUUGCUCGAGGGGCUUCAGAGAGAAAGGCUCUCUGGUACGACACAUCCGCCAUCACACCGGCGAGAAGCCUUUCAAGUGCCCAAAGUGUGGACGGGGCUUUGCUGAGCACGGGACUCUCAAUCGGCACAUGCGCGCUAAAGGCGGCUGCCAUAAGGAUGACGCCUGUGAGCAGCAGGUUGUUUUAACAGAAGGACAGACAACACUGGACAGUCCCGAUGCAACAGCCAUCAUCUCAGACGAUCCUAACGCUGUGUUGGUGGAGUUCUCCUCAGUGGUGGCAGACACACAAGAGUAUAUAAUCAAGACGCAAACGGAGGAGGAAGUGCAGCAAGAAGUGACAGUCAUUGAAGACAGCCAAAAUGAGAUGGGAAACCACAUCGUGAAGGUGGUGCAGAGACUUGUCAGCCAAUCGCAGAGUGCGGGCGGCGCGAGCAGCCACCAGAUCAUUGUGCGAAAUGUGGCCGAGAACGAGGAAGGCCUGUCCAUCUCUGACUGCGGCGAUACCAUCACCAUCGCCACGCCCGAGAGCCUCACUGAGCAGGUGGCCAUGACGCUGGCCUCUGCCAUCAGUGAUGGCAGACUGCUGGCCAGGGCAGGUACAGCGGAGGGAACUGUUACUAUGGUUACCACGGAGGAAACAUUGGAGGAAGGAGUACAAGUGGUGCAGCAGCAAGAGGAAUACGUCAUCACCUCCCCAGACGAGGUGGAGUUUCAAACAGUCGUUGUAUGAUCAAAGCGGAUGCUAACUACAGACUGUUGUGGCUUUGAUUAUGACUUUGUAGCCAGUAACUGUACAGUUUAUUUGCACUUCAAGUGAAUUUCAAAAACCCAAACUAAGGCCAAAGUGUUUUUGAUUCAUGCAGUACACACAAGUGUGCCCCAGGACUACUGCUUCAUCACACAGCUCAUUUUUGUUGGUCGAUCUACUAACAUUAUUCUCUUCAUUAAAUGUUUUGUCUAAUUUGGGAACUUUCGGAUCUUAAAAUGAUAGGCAUGCACAAAUGCACGUUUGUUUUGAUGAAAUAAAUGAAACAUGCCAUUUGUCGUUGCCUAGUUUUUGGCAGUUUUUGUACGGCAAAUAAAAAUAGCUGUUUUCUACCUAAAAUGACAUCAUUUAAUUUCGGUUUUUCCUUCCUUCUUCCUUCAUGUCUCGGUCAGGUGUGGAAAAACAGUGAGGCAGUUCUGAGCUGGUCAGUCACAAUGAAUCUCUAAGUUUGAUAGAUGUAAAAAUAUCAGAUUAGCUAGAGUUUGCAUCAAAU